UCCCUACUUACAGGAUGCAGCGUGUGACUCCCCUGGGGAUUCUGUCACUUGUUCUGAACAUCAUGUGUGGAGCUUUGAAUCUCAUUCGAGGAGUUCACCUGGCAGAGUAUUCAUUUCAGGAAGACCAUGAAGGAAUUGGAAACGUGAUAGCUUUUAUCCUACCUUUUCUAGCCUGUGUUUUUCAGUGUUACCUGUACCUCUUCUACAGCUCAGCAAGGAAGGUGAAGACGUUUGUACUUUUUUUCUCUGUUUGUUUAUGCAACAUUUACUUGUACGGAUUACGGAACAUCUGGCAAAUCGCCUUUCACAUAGGAGUGGCAUCUCUUUCUUCUUAUCAGAUACUGACAAGGCAACUUAUGGAGAAACAGCCUGACUGUGGCGUAUGAAAAAGACUCCGGGUUUGCUACUCUAUUUUUACAACUUUUUUUUUGUAUUAAACUGUCC